UAAUUAUUUUAUGUUUUGGCGAUAUUUGGGAAUUUACACCAAUGACGUCAUUUGUUAGCAAUCUCAACAAUAGAUACGUGCACGAGAUCGGGAUUUGAGGACCAAACGAAAAAGUGAAAAUGACGAAGGAAAGACAAAAGGAAACACCUAAUAAAGAUAAAGAAAAGAAUCCAAUGAGAGAAGUGCGAAUUCGCAAAUUAUGUCUUAAUAUCUGUGUAGGAGAAUCUGGAGAUAGAUUGACAAGAGCUGCAAAGGUGUUAGAACAAUUGACGGGUCAACAGCCAGUUUUCAGCAAAGCACGCUAUACUGUCAGAUCUUUUGGCAUUCGUCGUAACGAAAAAAUAGCAGUGCAUUGUACUGUCAGAGGACCCAAGGCUGAAGAAAUUUUAGAGAAAGGACUUAAGGUGAGUUUAUUGACAAAAUGUAUUUUAACUGUUUUGCAAUCAUUUGUCGGUACAUCGUCAAGUAGUUUAUUACGGAAACAAAUCACUUGACGAUUUAUCGUCAAU